UCUGUUUUAAGGCAAAGAACCCAUUCCCAUCCCCUCUCUUACAAACCUCGUGAAUCAAUCUUGUUCUUCUUCUAGACUCGCGCGAUCACCACGAAUUCAGUCUGGCUUUUAGUUCUCUGAUGGGCGCUCAAUAAAACAAAGCAAUGUUGAAAUUUGCUGGUAUUAAUGUCUUUGUUCCCGUUACUCUGUUGCUGUGCUUUUUCAACAGUGCCAUUACCAUCGCAAUCACUGAAUUCGACUUGGGGACCUUAACUCUCAGCAGCCUCAAGCUCCUCGGAGACGCCCACAUGAGCAAUGGGAGCAUAAGGCUCACCCCUGACCUCCCCGUCCCCAACUCCGGCGCCGGUCGGGUUCUCUACAGCAAACCGGUGAAGUUCCGGCAGCCGGGGACCCACUUUCCAGUGAGCUUCUCAACAUUCUUCUCCUUCUCCGUCAACAACCUAAAUCCCUCUUCGAUCGGCGGCGGGCUCGCUUUCGUAAUCUCCCCGGAUGACGAGACCAUCGGAGAUGCCGGUGGGUUCCUCGGGCUCGUCACCGAGACGGGCUCGCCCUUGGGCUUCGUGGCGGUCGAGUUCGACACCCUGAUGGACGUGGCGUUCAAGGACGUUAACGGAAACCACGUGGGCUUGGAUCUGAACAGCAUGGUUUCGUCACAGGUCGGCGAUUUGGAUGGCAUUGAGAUCGAUCUUAAGAGCGGCAACUUGGUUAACGCGUGGAUCGAGUACGACGGCUCCACCCAGGUGUUCAACAUAUCGGUUUCCUACUCGAAUCUGAAACCCAAGGAACCACUCUUGUCGUUCAGUUUGGAUUUAGAUCAGUACGUGAGCGAUUUUAUGUACGUUGGAUUCUCCGGGUCGACUCAGGGGAGCACAGAGAUCCACAGUGUUGAAUGGUGGAGCUUUAGUUCUUCGUUCGACACGAAUUCGGGUUCUGGGACAGGGUCUUCACCGGCCACCCCUCCUCCAACGGCUACUUUGACGAAUCCAACUGCUAACUCUGUAAAGUCACCGCCGCCUUCGGUGGCUCCCUCUGGGUCCGAUUCAGCUUCGAGUACCUCGCAGAAAACAAGUAAGCCUUCGUCUUGUCAUAACCAGCUCUGUAAGGAAGGUCCGGGAGCUGUCGCCGGGGUGGUCACUGCCGGGGCUUUCGUUUUAGCUCUGUUCGCCGGCGCUCUAAUCUGGGUGUACUCUAAGAGGAUCAAACACGUAAAGAAACCCGAUUCGCUUGCAUCCGAAAUUAUCAAAAUGCCGAAGGAAUUCAGUUAUAGGCAGCUCAAGUCGGCAACGAAGUGCUUCAAUGCAAAUAGAAUCAUCGGUCACGGCGCAUUUGGGACCGUUUAUAAGGGUAUAUUGCCGGAGACCGGCGACAUUAUGGCGGUGAAGAGAUGCAGUCAUAGCAGUCAGGGGAAGAAUGAAUUUCUAUCUGAAUUGUCCAUAAUUGGAACUCUUAGGCAUCGAAAUCUUGUUCGGCUUCAAGGCUGGUGCCACGAGAAGGGUGAAAUCUUAUUAGUCUACGACUUGAUGCCCAACGGCAGCCUUGAUAAAGCUCUGUUCGAAGCGAGAACGCCUUUGCCAUGGCCUCACAGGCGGAAAGUUUUAUUCGGGGUCGCCUCUGCUCUGGCUUAUUUGCAUCAAGAAUGCGAAAACCAGGUGAUUCACAGAGAUGUAAAGAGCAGUAACAUAAUGUUGGACGAGGGAUUCAAUGCCCGGCUAGGAGAUUUCGGUUUGGCGAGGCAAAUUGAGCACGACAAAUCCCCGGAUGCAACGGUGGCAGCCGGAACAAUGGGGUAUUUGGCGCCGGAGUAUCUCCUAACCGGUAGAGCAACAGAAAAAACUGAUGUGUUUAGCUAUGGAGCUGUGGUUCUUGAAGUGGCUAGCGGAAGAAGACCAAUUGAGAAAGAAACUGUAGCCGCUGCCGGGAAAGCUGGGGUUUGCAGCAAUUUGGUGGAAUGGGUUUGGAGUUUACACAGAGAAGAGAGGCUGUUGGCGGCGGCGGAUGCGCGGCUCGCCGGUGAGUUUGAUGAGGGGGAGAUGAGGAAGAUUCUUUUAGUUGGGCUGGCUUGCUCUCAUCCUGACCCAUUGGCUAGACCGACAAUGAGGGGCGUCGUCCAGAUGCUUGUGGGUGAGGCUGAAGUCCCCAUUGUUCCAACAACAAAGCCCUCCAUGAGUUUCAGCACUUCCCACCUCUUGCUCAGCCUUCAGGAUAGUGUUUCUGAUUGCAAUGCUCUCAUCAAUAUGUCCAUCUCCUCAUCGGAGGACGGCGGCGCCGCCGAUAUGGUUUGAUCAAGACCAGAGAUUGAAUUUGCUCUUUUUGGUUGGCUUAAUUAUUAGUGUAUGUAUUCAUUUGUUUAUGUAUAAAUUAUAAUAACGCGGUAAUUAACCUGCAGUUUUUUUA